AUGAGUGAUAAUAAUGACAAACGAACCAGUCGUCCACUGAACUUUGCUAUUCCGACACAACCACGUCGUGGUAUUGAUGCCGUACAUGUCAAUGCUGCAAGAGAGAUGGUGCAACUACAUACCCGAGGUCGGGCACCACCAACAAGACAACCACCACAACCACAAUCGCCACGAGGAGGCUCUAGAGCUCAUGCCCCGGUAAUAUCAGAGCAGUCUAAAGCGCCAGUUUCUAGACCCAAUAUCAGCAUACCGCUAGAACACGAUGGGGAAUGCAAAAACCCCCAGUGCCAACAUUGUGGUAGUAUCAUCAUACCUGCUCCGCAGCUGUCAUUCCCUCUACAGGAUAAACCAUCGAUCAAGGUUAAUGGCUGGGAGAUUUAUACCAUCAAGAAACCGAUUCUAUCUUCAGCUGAACUUGAUCAUUUAGGUGAUACCAAGUUUGAGUUCCCGUUGCCGGAAAUGAUUUUUGGCAAUAAUUUUGUUCGGAUUAGGUAUACUGGUGGUGACGGCAACGACAUCGACAUCGACAACGAUAACGGACAUGAGAUUUGGUUUAAUUCAAUAGACGCAUUGGACACAUUAGAGGAUGAAUGCCAUUUGAAAGUGAGUUAUCAUGAGGAAUGGUUACAACUGCGUCAGAAUAGACGGAAAAAACAAGAGAGAGGGGGUGAUGCCAAAACUUCAACCGAUGUGGACAAUGAAAUGUGUGGCAAGGUUAGUGAAUUAACCGAUAUGGAUGCGGUGAAGCCAUAUGAUUGGACAUAUUCACCUAAUUACGUGGGCCAUACUCGUGGGUUUGACUUUGUUGUUGAUAACUCGUUGGAAAUCCCCGUGAAUCGAUUAAUGAACCCCGACCCAAUUUUGUUUUUCGAUGAAAUGAUCUUGUAUGAGGAUGAGUUGGCUGAUAAUGGAAUCAGUAUGCUUUCAAUAAAGAUUAGAGUCAUGCCAACUUGUUUACUAUUAUUGUGUCGAUUCUUCUUAAGGAUAGAUAAUGUCAUAUUCAGAAUAAGGGAUUGUCGAGUGUUUAUCGACUUUAACUCAAAUGAAGUGAUACGAGAGUACAAGUUGCAAGAAUGUGAUUAUGAUGAGGUAUUGAAGUUGGCUGGUGGUGGUAGUGGCGGCAAAGUGAAUAACGAUCCAAAGAGAUUGUUACGAGAUCAGAACUGGGUCAGUUUGAACAUACCAGUUGUUAAUAGGACUAUUGAAAAGUGUACAGUAUAG